AUGUGUGUAAAUAUGAAGAACAUUGCUUUAGGUUAUAUAAGGAAAGCGUUUGGCUAUUCUAUUACAUACAAGAUGACAUUCGAAGAAGAUUUAAUUAACCAAGUACGUUUACAUCCUGUUGUUUGGAAUAAGAAGAGUGAGGACUAUAAAAACAGGUUGAAAAGUGAAAAAGCAUGGGAUAUAAUUGCGAGGAACGUAAAUAAAACAAAAAAAGAAGUUAAAACUAGGUGGCGACACUUAAGGGACGUCUUUCUAAAAGAAUUGAAGAAAGUUCGUAAACCAUGCUCUGGAGAUCCAGGAAGCCCAAAUGAACAGGAUUACUUGGGAAAGUGGACCUAUUACCAAAAUAUUAUUUUUAAAAGAUGUUUCAAUGCCUCGACUAACCGAAUGUAA